UGGCUGGAACGGUGUGACGUCACAGGAGAGCCACGCCCCGUCUCGCCGAUAAACAACACUGUGAUCAAAACAGUCUCGGAACAACAAGAAGCAGCUGGACCCUUUCGGUGCUCGGAAAAUCAUCAUUUCUUUUGGCCAGAUUGCAACGGAAGCAUAAAGAUGAUCGGCAAGAUCCUCUCUCACCUGCUUGGGAACGCCGGAGAGGAAUCCGAAGUGGCAAACGACGCUUACGACCAGAUCAUGGAGUUUGAGGAGGAAGGGUGGGUCGUUGUUCAUCUCCCAGAGAAUGAACCUUUAUCAGACGUGGACCCUCUGGAAAACCUGCUCAUCGAGCACCCCAGCAUGUCCGUCUACCAGAUGAGAUGCAGGAUGGGUGGAGAAGAGGAGGAGGAGGAGCUGGUCUCAGAGGACGAAGAUGCCCCCAGGCCGGUGGCGGUGCGGCGCCUCGUCUCCUGGCACCUCGGGGUGCCCCUGCCGUGCGGCGUCCAGCUGCUGGCCGUGCAGAGGGCCCGGAGCCAGGCCGAGCGGAGGAAGCUGAGCCGCGGCGCGCUGCAGCGGCAGAACCUGGCCAAGUGCCGCUCCCCGGGCGAGAGGCGGCUCGGCUACUUCAAGCAGCCCUGCCAGCGCCUGUACAGCUGCUGAGCAGCCGCCGCCCCCCCCCGGGGGGGACUCACCUCAGCCCAGAGACGAGCACACGGCCCUGGCUUCCACACCCUCAGGUCUUCAUCGUUUCACCUCACUCAGCUGGUUGUGCAACCCCGGCAGGGCGCGUGUGCCGUGCGACAAAAAUACAGUUUGUUUCAGCAAUUGGAUGCAGGCGGCUUGUACCUGAAAACAACGAACCGCCGCUGGCUCGCUGGGUUGGGAGCGUUACGUAAAAAAAUAAACAUAGAAACCGUUAAAUACCACAUGUGUUGCUUGCCUGCAGGGAUGAACUGAGAGUAGAGUAGUAAUGAGUGAAUAUUUUAGGUGUUGGAGUUAUGUGCUUUUACAGAAAACAGCAGUGUUUCAAUAUUAAGUUAAAAGCUGGAUGUUACUUUUAUUGUAGUGUGAUGCACGCGUCACGUCAGGUCGCGGCUCGGCCUCCUGCAAACGUACACGCGUGUAUCGGCCUGUAUAUUAUUAAUGCUGUGUGAAAACAUCAAGUGAACCUUCUUGGCUUCAUGGAAUAAACUCUUUUUGUACUUUUCAGCAAACACUCUUUUGUCAUGUUACACCAGUUGUACUUUACUUAAAUAUACUUUUUAUUUGUGUCUUUAUGAAAUGCAUUAAAAAAAAUGUGAAUAAAACUUGUUUUCUUAA